AGGCCUCAGUUAGAUUACACUCUGGGGGAGAAUCACGAAUCCAGGCCACACAAGACUCGUCGUUGUCUCGUUGCUUUGUGGUUGUUGGCAGGCCUGUUAGUGUCUUCGGUCUUGCCAUGCAUCUCACAGAACUAGAUCAGGAGUGUUUGCUACACCUUUUUUCGUACCUAGACAAGGACAGUCGUCGCAGCCUGUCCCUGACUUGCGUACGACUGAGACAGGUCUUCCUGGACCCGCAACUGUGGACGCUACUUCACUUCAGGUCUCCAUGCGAGUUAAGGAGGGACAACUUUGUUCUGAGCUCUUCGCUAAGGUACCUGGCUGUACGCUGGCACUCGAGCAGGGUCAAGGUGUGCAACAUCGAGGACUGGAUGAAGACCACGUUCCAGAGAGACCUCUGCAGAAAGCACGAGAGCCUCGUCAGUGACUUCCUGGAGUGUGUUUGCCACAUGUGUCCGAAUCUAGUCUCGCUGACUCUGUCUGGAUGCGGACACAUUACGGAUCACAAUGUCAUCAACGUGCUACAAAGCUGCAAGAGGCUAGUUAGCCUUAGUCUAGAAAACUGUGCUCGGAUGACCGACUCUGUCCUCCAGGCUGUGGUGGACCACGGUAAAAGUCUCACAGAGGUGAGGGUGGACUUCUGCCGGAACGUUACCCAGGCAGGGCUACAGGACGUUCGAGACAAGAGACCAGAAGUCCACCUGAGCGCAUUACACAGUGCAGAUAUGAUUCCAGACAGCAAGCCAGAGAAGAAAACACAGAUCAGGAGAGCUCUACAGAAGUUCUUGAUCUUCUCCUGACCGCCAGAAGCUACCUAAGACUUCAUGUCAAAUUGAGGUUCACAACAUUGCUGUAUUUUAUUAUUCCACUAUUGCUACACUUGGGGUUUCUCUUGUAAUUCCUUAUUUUGCCAUUUCAAAUGUUUCUCUGACAUACAGUCUUGAAUUUUCUAUGUUUAUUAGAUCAACAUUCUCAUUUCAAACUAAUUUUUUGUACCUUUGCUGUCAUGGUUUUUUUUUUUUUCAUUUUGUUUGUUUGUCCAUUUGGCUCCAUGAGAUGACUCCCCGGUCAAGUACACAGUACAAAGACUAAGUAUUCAAUAUGCAAGGCAGUGGCCCAAUCAACACAUUUCAACCAGAUCUUAGGUUUUGAUUAUAAAACAUUUGCAGUAUUUCUUAAAAACACGGCUUGUUUUUGCUUGCAUAAUCAAGGUUUGUUCUGGAACAAGUCAUAGUUGGUUAUCCUCAUUGUGGGUUUUGGACUUCUUUCAAUAUGCAAGAACAAUAUUUGACUGAGCACAGGUUUACAGCCUUGCUGCAUGACUUUUAUUAAGCAAUAAGGUGUGUGAGGCUGUAUUAUAUUGUGAAUAUAGUCAUAUUGUGAAUCAUGUUCGGCACUAGUGCUAUUUUCACAAUACACAAUGGCCUUGAAUACCUCGUUGCUCCUAUAAAACUUUUUCAUUAAAGGAGUAGUUU